GGUAAAGGAGCAUAAGGAGUGCAAACUCCAUCAUGGAGCUAUUCGGAGCAGUCACCCUUUUCCUUGUCAUCUACCUGUCUUUCCUUGCCAUUGUAUCAUUUAAGAGGAAACUAUCAAACAAGGGGAGGCUCCCUCCGGGACCCACUCCCUUACCUCUGAUUGGGAAUUUCUUACAGAUCAAGUCAUCAGAAACCUUAAAAUCUCUCCUCAAGCUGAGUGAAAUCUAUGGCCCCGUGUUCACAGUCUAUUUUGGAACACGGCCAAUUGUGGUCUUGUGUGGACAUGAUGCCGUGAAGGAGGCCCUGAUAGACAAGGCAGAUGAAUUCAGUGGAAGGGCCACCAACCCUACUCUGGAACGGACCUUCAAAGGACAUGGGGUGGCCUUUGCCAAUGGAGAGCGUUGGAAGCAACUACGGAGAUUUUCUCUCAAUGUCCUGAGGCAUUUUGGGAUGGGGAAAAAAUCAAUUCAGGAACGGAUCCAAGAGGAAGCCCAGUUCCUGCUGGAGGAAUUCAGGAAGACUAAAGAGAAGCCCUUUGACCCCACCUACUUCCUCAGCCGGACUGUCUCAAACGUCAUUUGCUCCAUUAUUUUUGGGGAUCGCUUUGACUAUGAGGACAAGGAAUUCCAGUCCCUCAUGGAGAUGAUAAACAUCACCUUCCGGGAGAUGAGCUCAGGCCAGGCUCAGUUCUAUGAUAUGUAUGUCAGCUUUCUGAAGUAUUUCCCAGGACCUCCCGUCAAAGUUUACGAUAGCCUGGAAAACAUGAGGCUCUUCAUUGCCAAGAAAGUGAAGAAGAAUAAAGACACUUUUGAUCCCAACUUCCAAAGAGAUUUCAUCGAUUGUUUUCUCAACCAGAUGGAAAAGGAAAAAAACAAGCCAGCCAGUGAAUUCCAUGACUGGAACUUAGAGCUCACUACCCUGAACUUGUUUGUUGCUGGAACAGAGACAGUCAGCUCCACCCUGAGAUAUGGGUUUCUGUUUCUGAUGAAACAUCCUGAAGUUCAAGCAAAAGUGCAUGAAGAAAUUGAUAAAGUGAUUGGCCGCAGUCGUGUCCCAAACAUUGAAGACCGGAGCCAGAUGCCCUAUGUGGAUGCCGUCAUUCAUGAAACACAGAGAUGCAGUGAUCUCGUUCCCAUGGAUGUGGCUCACAGGGUUAUCCGUGACACUGAAUUCAGAGGAUACCUUAUCCCUAAGGGGACAGAAAUUUAUCCUAUUCUCAGCAGUGUCCUUCAUGACCCCACAAUGUUUAAAAGACCCUUUGCUUUUGACCCAGAGAAUUUCCUGGAUGAGAACGGGCGUUUCAAGAAGAACGAUGCCUUUAUCCCAUUCUCCUCAGGAAAGCGGAUUUGUCUGGGCGAAUCCUUGGCCCGCAUGGAGCUCUUCCUCUUCUUCACCACCAUCCUGCAGAGCUUCCACCUGAAGCCCACUAUCCCCCCUGAGGACAUUGACCUCACUCCUCUGGAAAGUGGCUUGAUCACUGUCCCACCCUUCUACCAGCUCUCUGUAGUCCCACGCUGACCCAAAGAGUGUGUUGUCUACAGCCAUCAAUCUCUUACAGAUGCUGAAUCCCACAACUCCUCAGUGGAAACCCCAUAUUCUGUUUUCUGCCCCAUGAAGAGAGUGAGGAAGUUUAUGAUUCAUUGUGGAUGAAGGCAUAUGCUUUGAAUUUGAAAGCCUGUGAUUCUGUCUUAUCUGUUUAUAAUCUCUGUAUCUAAGGAAUGUGUAAAUCUUGAAAUAUUAAACAUAUCAACAUUG